AUGUCUACUUCCCACUCUACCGGCUUCCCUAUCACCACUUAUUCCGUACCCGGCAAAGCCAACAUGCUAGCCAAUGAACAAGUGUCCUUUGCCCGAGGGCAACAACACAACCAAGCUGACGUCUCUGACGCUAUAGAGCUAAUACUCACUACAUUCAUAGGAAAACGAGCAUUUGCAGCUCUGCAGUCAGGACUCGAGUAUUUGUCGGGUACUCCGGAUGGAAAAAUUAGUUUUGUAAUCUUUGGAACAACACUUGAGGAUGAACUCCUUGAAUGGGCAGACGGACACGGCAAAGGCAUAUUUGGAAUUAGGCGGGAGGACCUUGCUAACAGAGACGUGCAUGCGGAUAGAACCAGUGUUACCCCGGAGCGCACCUACCACAUCGUCACCCAACAUCCUCCGCCCACCCAGUCGGUGGAAAAAUAUAUUCCAACCAUCCCAACCAGCCUGAUCUUGCAAGAGUCGAGCCCCUCCAGUCCCUGUCCCAUUGGGUCAAACCCAAAACCACUGUCUCCCCCGUCAUCUCCACCUCGACCAGUACCAAACACCCAAACCUGUCAUCUGACGAACCGGCGAGGAGCCCGACGCGGCCAACAAGAAGUGAUACUCCAGAUCCCCGCCGCCAGAACUCCAUCGGAACGGCAAUCUCGUAUGUCAAAGGGUCAGAAAGGCAGUCCGCCUGGCGCAACGCGCAGGCCUGAGACUGGUUCUCCCUCCAACCCAAUCAAUGUAGAUGAUGAUGCAGCCAUGAUCGAUCAGUUGUACGCAGGAACGUACACCUUAGGAGAUGAUGAUCCAACCACUCCCCAAUCCGACACCUCAUCCAACACCCGACGAAAAUACCACAAAGGUGUUCGUAACAACGCUCCAUACUGCCAAUACUGCGGUUGGAGCGAUCAUCGCACAUACUAUUGCGAAGCCUACUAUUGCCCCGACUGUGACCGUCGUGCACCGGGACAUAGUUUUAAUUGGUGUCCCAUCCGCAGGGAAGACGAGGAUAGGAUUCUGAUGGAAAGAUUACAUGGAGAUGUCAGCUACGACAACAGUUACAAUAUUGAUGGCGAAGGUACUGAAUUUUGGUGA